GACCUUUUUGCCCCCCCUCUCUGGAUUGAGGAGGGCGAGUGAUGCGUUUGAGGGAGCACGGGGAAGGAGAGUGUAGGCGGGUGUUGGGGGGACCAAGGUGGGGGUGAAGUGAGGUAAGGAGGUGUGUUUUUGUUCCUGCUAUGGGACUUGGAGUCAGCGCGAAGGACCACAGCCGCAGACCAGACAGAUCGCCGCCUCCUCCCCCUCCUCCUCCUCCUCCUCCUACUCGUCUUCGUCCUCCUUCGCUGCUGCGGGUCUCGCCAUAGCCAAGAGCUUGUUUGUGCAGGCGACAACAGGUGUGACGAAAGCUUGUGGCCUCCGGCGCCAUAUCCAGAGCUUGUCCGCUGCAGGGCUGCUACCCAGGCGUUGUAAGUGAUAACAAGAGCUUGUGGCCGCCGCCAUAGCCAGAAGAGCUUGUCCUCGCUGCUUGAGGCUGCAGCAGCAGGUUUAACGAAAGCGCUUGUGGCCGCCGUCGCCGCCGCCAUAGCCAGAAGAGCUUGUAGUCGCCUCCAUAGCCAGAAGAAGAGCUUGUCCCCACUGCUGCAGGCCGUAGCAGGUUUAAGGAAAGCGCUUGUGGCCGCCGCCGCCGCCGCCGCCUCCAUAGCCGGAUUCUUGCAAGCUUGCAGGCUUGUAAAGUGCUGUUGGGUGUGUUGUACACGCGCUAUCGCGACGACGAUGGGAGACAGUUCGAUUCUGCAGCUGCCGUCGGGGCCGACGGCGCUGACGGCCAAGAUCCAUCCCGUCGUUCUGUUCAAUAUUUGCGACUCGUUCAUCCGACGCAACGAAGGUCAGGAGAGAGUGAUUGGCACGCUGCUGGGCAGCUAUGGAGGCGACGGAUCUCUGGAGAUCAAGAACUCUUACUCUGUUCCUCACAACGAGUCCUCCGACCAAGUUGCCGUGGACAUCGACUUCCAUCGCAACAUGUUCGAUCUGCAUCAGCGGGUUAACCCUAAAGAGGUAAUCGUGGGUUGGUACUCAACAGGGGAAGGGGUUAGCGGGAGCGAUGCCUUGAUUCAGGACUUCUACGGCCGCGAGGUGGGCAAUCCAGUUCACCUGACGAUCGAUACAUCAUUCAAGAGCGAAAAAAGGGCGGGAAUUUUGAAAGCUUACGUGGCAAGCACUCUGUCGUUGGGCGAACGACAGCUGGCGGCGCAGUUCCAAGAGAUUCAAUUGGAUCUGAGAAUGAUUGAAGCGGAGCGGAUGGGAUUUGAGGUGCUGAAGAAGACGGCAGUGGACCACCUACCCAACGAUCUAGAGGGUCUGGAGGUCUCGAUGCAGCGACUUCUUGGUAUGGUGGAGGAUGUAAUUAAGUACGUGGAUACCGUCGUGGAAGGCCACGUGGCACCUGACAACGCCAUCGGUCGGUAUCUGGCUGACACGGUCGCCGCGAUCCCGAGAAUCGGACGGGAUGCGUUCGACAAACUGUUCAAUGACAGCGUGCAAGAUCUGCUGCUGGUGUUGUACUUAGCCAGUUUGACAAGGUCACAGCUCGCACUGGCAGAGAAGCUGAACACAGCCACUCAGCCGCUCUGAUUCCGCCACUUCCACCUUUGAAGUCUGAAAAUGAUGGCGAGCAAUUAUGGACAAAGGUGCCUUUGCCAGUUUUGCAGGGAGAAUAUAGCUAGAAGAGAGCAGAGAACAGUUGUUUGAAAGGAUGGCGGCGAAGAGGGCAUCACCGAAGGUUUCUUGCAAAGUCACUCUGACAUCAGAUCCGAAGCUCCCGUACAAAGUGGUCAGCGUCCCGGAGGAAGCGCCGUUCACAGCGGUGCUGCUGAAGUUUGCGGCAGAGGAGUUCGGAGUACCGCCGCAGACGAGCGUCGCCAACGACGGAGUCGGGAUCAAUCCCCAGCAGCAGAGCGCUGGGAACGUCUUUUUCUGAAGCGUGGAUCGGAUUUGCAACUCGUCCCACAAGAUUGGGUUGGUGGGAGCCUCCUCCUCCUCCUCCUCCUCCUCCUCCUCCUCCUCCUCUGAUGAUGAUGAUGAUGAUGAUGACUGUGCUGGUAUCAGUUGGGAUCAGGGGAGCGAUCCCCAGCAGAGUGCCGAGAACGCGCACCCCUUUCGUGAAGCAAUGAAAAUCCGAGUCGCGACUCGUCCGACAAAACCGGGUUUUGACGAUUGCGCUGGUAUUAAUUAAUCUGCGGGGGAAUCAAGUCCGCAGCCAAGUGUGACGCGAGCUCUGUUCUGAGGCAGGGACCGGAACUGGGACGUGUCCCACGAGAGCAGGUUAUUGGUGGCCACGGCCUCUGACAAUUGCGGUGGUAUCACGACCUAUCGAAGGAGAGAGGAGAGGAGUGAGUGAGGAAUGAGAUGUGGUUGAUGUAUUUUAGGGAGUAGUGGUUGGUUAUCGCUACCAAUCCAAGGUUAGACCAAUCUGUAGCCUUGCUCAGUAGUACUCUUUUUAUGUAUUAUCGUGCACGAUUGUGAUAGAUAUGGAGCAAAGGGGAAGCCAGCAGUCGUAGCGAGCACUCUCCGAGCUGAGAAUUGCGAGUUGGUCGUGAUGCCUCUCGCGUAUGGGGGGUGGGGUUGGGGGUUGUUGUACCUAACAGUCGCGGAAGUGGGCGAUCCGUCCUUGGAUUGCUACGGAGAAACUGAGUACACGUCUUUUCGUGCGCAAGAUUCUUUCGGGUAAUCAGCUCUCUGAAGUGUUCAUCGCGGAUUUUUUCGCAUCUUGACCAUCAAUUUGUUUUUUUUUUUGCGAUACCGUUGUGACCAUGUUGGUUUUGAACUUUUUGGUGAUAUUACUUCUUGCUACUUGGCAUCGUUGACGUCCAUUUCCGGCCGACCAUUCGUUGAAUGAUUCCCUUGUGUGCUUGUUAGCUGUUCUUCUUUUUUUUGAAGUUUUUUUUUCUUAUGGUGCACGCUGGUUGCUCCUUCUAAAGCUUGGGUGGUUCCAAGCCUAUAAAUGCCCCCUCGCCGCCCCCGCCUGGCGUUUAUAAGCUUCUCUUCUGUUUGCCGUUUUGUUGUCAUGAUUGAUAAACAAGCGCCUGGACA